UGCUGCACGCCUCAUGCCCAGCCUGAGCCAGCUGCCCUCCGCCAAUAGCUUCUACCUCGAUCUUCAGUUCCCUUUCCUUUUCUUUGUGAAACACAACUGUUUAGGGAAAGCCUAACACGGUUCCCUGGUUGUCCAGUUGGCUCUGGGCAUUCACCUUGCCAUUUGCUGGCAGAUGCGCCUCUCCCCUCUGAUGUGUCUGCUCAUGUCCUUAGGGCCGUCAAACAGCGAGGGAGCUGGCAAAGCCAGUCUCUUGAAGAAAGUACCAGCGCUGAAGGACGGGGACUUCACCUUAGCAGAAUGCACUGCCAUUCUGCUGUAUCUGAGCCGAAAGUACAACACUCCCGACCACUGGUACCCAUCGGACAUACGAAAACGGGCGCAGGUGGAUGAAUACCUCUCAUGGCACCAUGCAAACAUCCGGGCUAAUGCUCCUAAAACCAUGUGGAUCAAGGUGCUGAUUCCCCUCUUCACAGGACAGCCGCUGCCCUCCGAGAAGCUCCAGGAGGUUAUGGAAGGGCUCUCCACUUCCCUGAAGCAAUUUGAGGAGAGGUUUCUGCAGGACAAGGAUUUUAUCAUUGGGAGUGAGAUUUCUCUGGCAGAUCUUGUGGCCAUUGUGGAGCUGAUGCAACCCGUCGGAGUUGGUUGUGACGUCUUUGAAGACAGACCUAGGCUGAUGCAGUGGCGCAGGCGCGUGGAAGAGGCCGUGGGGAAGGAGCUGUUCUUCCAAGCCCAUGAGAUGAUCCUCAAUAUCAAAGAACUGAGCAACAUUCAAAUCGAUCCACAGCUGAAAGCGCAUCUAGCACCUGUGUUGAUGAAGAUGUUGAAAUGAAUUAGCCUAUCUUACUGUUUUUCCUGCCCUUGUUUUUUUUUAACUUCUCUGACCUCCAGUUCUGCAUCUAGCUGGGAAGAGCACUGUCAUCAGAACACUGAAAUUGCAGGCUGCUUCCCCCCUCCCCGUAUCUUUGGGGGUGAAAGCUGGGAAGGGUUUAAAACCUGAAAUGUUAAGUCUCUACAGAAGGCUGAGGCGCUACGGGUCACUUAACGCUUGUAUCUGGGGUUUAUUUCAGUGUCAAAUCUUCUCA